AUGCCACCGGAGCAUAUCCUCCUUGUCGAGUCAUUUUUUACGUGGCCCACUUCAAACUCGUUGGAGGACGAGUGGGCGAGGCGCAAUAAGGCCGUGAUGGCAGGGGUACAGUAUUGUGGUUUCCAGGAGGGAGGCCCUCUCCGCGGGCGGCCGAAACGUCCUGCAUCAGAGGAUGAAGAAUUGAUUGCGGAUCCAGCGGCUAAGAAGCAAAAGGGACCUAAGCGGCCAACUGUAUCAGCAUCGGAGAAGAAACUUGAUACCAUCAAGGAAAAGGUGGUAGCGGUCAAGCCAUCUGCGUGUUUUCAAUGCUAA